UCAAUAAUAACCCAGUUACUUUCCGACGUUCGAUAACUGCAGUUACUACAAUUAUAACAAAAAACAUUUAAUUUUAAACUUUAAUAAAUAAAUAAAUUUAAUUAUAAAAUAAAAUAAAAGACAAUAAUUGAUAAUAAUUUAAAAUAAAUUCCCAUCUAUUACAAUUUAAAAUAUUGUAAUAGUUUAUUUAAAUUUAAAAAUGGAAUCACAACCAGAAAGUCAUCUUUUAAAAUUACGUAAAGAUACCAAGGAGAAUGUUAGGAAAAUAUAUAAUUUGGACAAGCCUGGCAGACUGGAAGAAGCCAUCAAAAUAUUGCAGCACUGGAUUCAGAAGCAAGAUCAUAUCCUCAAGAAGGAUUGGAAUGCAGAUUAUUUGGACAAAACGUUAAUAGCCAGUAAAGGUUCCGUGGAAAAGGCUAAGAAGCAGAUAGACAGGUUAUGUACCAUGAAGACAUUGAUACCUAAGUUCUUUGAAGUAAUCAAUGUCAAGAAGGAAUUGCCGACCAUUUUGGAUUUGGCGAUGGUGAUGCCGCUCCCGACACAAACAGAGGAAUAUUACAGGGUGAUUUUAGUGAAAAUUGACACUAAAGAAAUAAAACCUGAGUUCUUCAUGAUGUACUUUCAGUACUGUUUAAGUGUAGCCGAAUACAUAAAGACACACGACUAUGCGAAUGGAUUCAUUUUAGUCUACGACUGCAGGGAACUGAAUUUAGCAGAAGUGAUAACAAAAAUCAGUACUGUGGAACUACAGCAGUUUAUAACCCUUUUAAUUGAAGGUUACGGAGCAAGACUGAAAGGCAUACACAUAGUAUCAGAAUCAAAAGCGAUAGAAAUGCUAAUUAAUAUAGUGAAACAAUUUCUAAGCGAGAAGGUUGGUAACAGAAUACAUGUGCAAAGAAGCAUAGAAGACUUACCUAAAGUUGUGCCGAAAGGAAUACUGCCUGUGGAGUAUGGAGGCAAUGAGAAAUCUAUUAAAAAAUUGCAAGAGGAAUGGCUGGAAGCAAUAACUUCGGAAAAACACAUGGAACACCUGAAAGUCAUGUACAAAGCCUGCACGGAUGAAACGAGGAGAAAUGCUGGGAAGUUCAAUGAAGAAUACAUGGGCAUGCCCGGAUCUUUUAGAAAUUUAAGCGUAGAUUAAGACAUUUUUGACACAUUAAAAUUUUGUGUAGAAUACCUAAUAUUGUUAAGAAUUAUAUACUACUACUUAAGUUUUAAGAUUAGUCCUAAAUAGCCUUUAUAUUUCGUAUCCAUUAUCGUUGUUUUGAUGACUUUAAUAAUACUGUCAGUCCACAAAGCAGUGCUAUUUAAUAAAACAAAUUAUUUUUUAAUAUUUUUUGGCAAAAGAUAAAUAAAAAGUCCAAGAAAACAUACCUGUACCUCCUCAAAAAUUCAAAAUAGGUUCUGAUAAACCAGUACAUAGAUUGUAA